AUGCUGGCACUCUUUAAUAACAAUGGAGAGAAUCUCUUAUCUCUCCCUCUUGACAAGCGCAGCUACGGAACCUAUGACACCAACCAGUACCUUAACCACGGCCUACAGGUCAAGCUCCAGUCCAAGGAUGGGUCAAAGGUCUUCAUGAGCGGACCUCAGUAUGAUGACGCAGACAGAAAGGUUCCUGUUGACAUAAAGGGGUAUGAGGGUACUGCCAGUCUGCAGCUCUACACUAAAGACGGCUGCGCUUGCGCUCGCCUGUUCAUCAAUAAGGCCUUCACCGAUUGGAACACUGAUUUCCAUUACUCAUGGGUUGGAUUCUACUCCAAUCACAACGAUGCUAGUGGUUCUUACUAUACUUACAAGUACGCUAUCUAUUUCACUAAGCAGGAUGACACAAACAAAAAAGAUGGUGUAUAUUCGUAUGAGUCUAGUUUGUACAUUCAAGCUCAAGCUCGACUCUUCCUCACGAAUACAUACAAUCAAAUUCUGGCACAAACGAAACCAUGGGAAAGGUAAAAAGGUGUAUGGAGGAUUGCUGGUAUUAGUAUUAGUGUCUCCAGCCAUGCGCGAGGUACUUAACCCCUCAGACUGUUGAACAAAAACAGUCAUUUAGGGAGAAACCAGCAGAAUCUUACAACACUUGGAAAGAAAUUGGAAAGCAACAGAGUGUAAAUUCAAAGCACCCAACAGAGAACACCCCAGUCAUGUGAUUACCAAAGAGCCCUGUCUGCACCACUUACACCACACCACGCCGUCUUCGUGGCAACAGGGAGCAGCCAAUCACCAUGCUGACAGCAGAAGAGAGCAGACAGGAUUGGACACAUCUGACCCUUCUGUAACUCAGAGACUGAUUAGGCUACUACUAAAAUAUGUUUUGUCUCUGGUAAUAAGAUGGAGAUGUGGGAAUAGGAUGAGUGAAUGAACCAAAAUACAUAAAUCAGCAUAAUGCUUUAAGGUAGUUUAUCAACUCCCCUAAGCUAUGCUAACUUUAUAACUGCAAUUGAACAAACUACCCUGACCAGACCAAUCGAGCACUGAUGUCUGUAAUGUCUACAUGUCAAAUGUUUGUAUUGUCUACUACCGUCAAUUGUGUUACAGUCUUUCAAUAUAAAAUUGUCAAGUAUGUUUUGUUGUGUGCAUGGAGCCCAGGCAGAUUAGCUGUCAUCAUGGCGUCAGCUAAUUGGGAUCCCAAUAAAGAUAAAGAUAAAUAACAUUGUGUUAAAUCGAAGGCCAUGAUUAUCAAGAUUGCUAAUGAAUAAGUAGAUUCGUUUGGGCUGGUUAGAGUCACAAUCUAACAACAGAGGAGCAGAGGAGGGCCAGCAGUAUUUUGACUUGGGUUGCAAAAUCCCGGUAACUUUCAAUAUAUUCCCUGGUUUCAUGGAAAAAAAUAUUAUUCUGAGGUGCUCUUUGAGGCAGUGGAGGCUGCUGAGGGGAGGACGGCUCAUAAUAAUGGCUGGAAUGGAGUGUAAUGGCUGAAAAUGGAGUGAAUGGAAUGGUAUCAAAACACAUGAAAACCAUGUGUUUGAUACCAUUCCAUUCACUUUAUUCAGGCCAUUAUUAUGAGCCGUCCUCCUCUCAGCAGCCUCCACUGCUUUAAAGGUAACUUACGGUAAAAAAUAUAUUUUCUAUUAACACUCCAUUUAAAAACCCAUUGAACAUGUCGACCCAUUGUCUAAGUAUCCACCAUGAGUAAAGUAAAUCGGUCAGUCUAUUAAAGAUACUAUAAUUUAUGUUGGAAUUGUACUGGCUAAAUAACAUAGCAACCAUCUGGUUGCGAGCAGAGUAGAGUAGAGUGAGAGAGAGAGAGAGAGAGAGAGAGAGAGAGAGAGAGAGAGAGAGAGAGAGAGAGAGAGAGAGAGAGAGAGAGAGAGAGAGAGAGAGAGAUAGAUAGAUAGAUAGAUAGAUAGAUAGAUAGAUAGAUAGAUAGAUAGAAGUAUGUGCGUGUGCGUGUGCGUGUGCGUGCUUGUAUGUGUGCAUCCAACGGUCAUAGGCUUUGAUGGCUUGGCAGAACAGAAAUGGUCAACAAAAAAUCAUCAAAUAUGAUUCAUUCAUUUCAGGCCUAAUACAUUUAAUUAAACUAAUUUCAGGACUGGAAUGUGGAUAUCUUUCUUCAUGAUCUGUAAACACACUUAGGCCUACAGCUUAGUAAAAUACAAAAAUAUAUACAUCGAAAUGAACUGCUGUGGAAAAUCGGAAUAAAAUAUUCAGACGUUCAUAACGAUACACAGACAUAAACAUCUACCCUGUACUGAUCUUAGUAUGAAAACAUGGACCUUUGAUAAACACAUGUAAUCUUCAAACCCUUGAAUCAUUAAUGACCUUCAAAGCUUAGUAGUGCAACUCUGACUGAUUCCUGAUACACGCUAUUCCUUUAGGCAGGAUCCAAUCACAAACGCCGAGAGAGGGAAGGAGGCCAUGUGAUUGGUUGGGAGAACCCCUGCCUUCUCAAAAAAAACAGUGAAACCUUACUCAAGGGCACAUCGACAGAUUUUUCACCUAGUCGGCUCGGGGAUUAGAACCAGCAACCUUUCGGUUACUGGCACAACACUCUUAACCACUAAGCUACCUGCCGCCCCAUUGAUGCAAAGCUACUCCCAGUUGGUUCAAUUACUUCCAAAAAGCCCUCAAACCAAACAGCUAUGCUGCCAUAAAGCAUUGCAUCAUCACCAGCCAAUCGGCAGGCAGCAGUCAUGUGCUUUGUGCAACAAAGACCUGGGGAAUAAGCAGGUGCAUGGCAAGAAAACAUUGACAUCAGGUCUAACACAUACUCACAUACCGUAUAGUACAGACAAAUACACAGACAUGGUACAGAAAAAUGCGUAACAUUAAAUAAAAUAACAUGUGCUAUUUGCCACAUGUGCUGAAUACAACAGUGAAAUGCUUACUUACAAGCCCUUAACCAAUAAUGCAGUUUUAAGAAAAAUAAGUGUUAAGUAAAAAAUAGAUAAUUAAAGAGCAGCAGUCAAAUAAAAUAACAGUAACGAGGCUAUAUACAGGGGGUAGUCGAAGUAAUUGAGGUAAUAUGUCACGACUUCCGCCGAGGCUGCCCCCCCUCCUGGUUCGGGCAGGCUUCGGCGUUCGUCGUCACUGGAGUACUAGCUACUGCCGAUCCCAUUCUCAUCACUCCACUUGUCAUGUCUUGUCUUGUCAAUCACACACACCUGGGGCUCAUUCCCCUAAUUAGUAUGUGUAUAAGUGUUCCCUCUGUUCCCCUUGUCUUUGUGAGUGAUUGUUUGUUGUGAGAGUGUGCAGCUCGGUUGAGCUACUAUUCACUGUGUUUAUGCCAAGGUGGAUGUUUUCCCUUGUAAUAGUUUCGUUUGACGCUUUGGGCGUUUGAUUUAUGUAAACGGAAUAAACUCUGGUCUUCUGUUUUACCUCCUGCGCCUGACUCCUUCAUUCACACCUCGUCACAUAAUAUGUACAUGUGGGUAGAGUUAAAGCGGCAGGUAGCUUAGUGGGUAAGAGCGUUGUGCCAGUAACGAAAGGUCGCUGAUUCUAAUCCCCGAGCCGACUAGGUGAAAAAUCUGUCGAUGUGCCCUUAAGCAAGGCACUUAACCCUAAUUGCUCCUGUAAGUCGCUCUGGAUAAGAGCGUCUGCUAAAUGACGUAAAUGUAAAUAAUAAACAGAGAGUAGCAAAGUAAAACACUCACAAGCCCUUAACCAAACUGCAUUGUUGGUUACGGACUUGCAAGUAAGCAUUUCACUGUAAGGUCUACACCUGUUGUAUUCGGUGCAUGUGACAGAUUUGAUUUGAUUUGAUCGGUUUCUGCAAUUGCUAUACCCUGCUUGAAAUAGGCCCAUGAACAGACUGAAAUGUUUGUUCGUGGCUGUAUCUCUUCGAUUCACUCAAGUGUCUCUUCUAAUAAAGAGGAGAGAACAAAUAAAUAGACAGGCGAGAGCAGAGGUACACAAGCCUUCUCAAGUGUCCUUUUAAAUAACUACUCUAAGAGCUACCUUGAGAUACUGUUGCAUUAGCCCUCUGCCUAGGCAGGGUGAAGCUGUACACACGCACACACACACACGCACGGAUGCACACAUACAAGCACAAGCACGCACACGCACAUACUUCCUUCCACUCAUCCCCUUAUACAGUAGGCUGUGUUUGUUAUCCUUCCCACAUCAACAGUCAUGCCGUGGUAUUUGACUAUGUCCAUCCCUCAGAGUAAUGUUAUCUCCCUCCCAUACAGUAUUACAGCAUCCUCUCACUAGCAGCACCCCUACCGCUUCCCAUCUGACAUGACUUCUGCUCACUGGUGACAAUCCCUCAGCACAGACAGAUUGAAAUCACUGGCCACUUUAAGAAAUGGAACACUAGUCACUUUAAUAAUGUUUACAUAUCUUGCAUUACUCAUCUCAUAUGUGUAUACUGUAUUCUAUAAUAUUCUACUGUCUCUUAGUCCAUGCCGUUCUGUCAUUGCUUGUCCAUAUAUGUAUAUAUUCCUAAAUUCCAUUCCUUACUUAGAUUUGUGUGUAUUGGGUAUAUGUUGUGAAAUUGUUAGAUAUUACUUGUUAGAUAUUACUGCACUGUCGGCGCUAGAAGCACAAGCAUUUCGUUACACCCGCAAUAACAUCUGCUAAACACGGGUACAGUGAGGGAAAAAAGUAUUUGAUCCCCUGCUGAUUUUGUACGUUUUCCCACUGACAAAGACAUGAUCAGUCUAUAAUUUUAAUGGUAGGUUUAUUUGAACAGUGAGAGACAGAAUAACAACAACAAAAUCCAGAAAAACGCAUGUCAAAAAUGUUAUAAAUUGAUUUGCAUUUUAAUGAGGGAAAUAAGUAUUUGACCCCUCUGCAAAACAUGACUUAGUACUUGGUGGCAAAACCCUUGUUGGCAAUCACAGAGGUCAGACGUUUCUUGUAGUUGGCCACCAAGUUUGCACACAUCUCAGGAGGGAUUUUGUUCCACUCCUCUUUGCAGAUCUUCUCCAAGUCAUUAAGGUUUCGAGGCUGACGUUUGGCAACUCGAACCUUCAGCUUCCUCCACAGAUUUUCUAUGGGAUUAAGGUCUGGAGACUGGCUAGGCCACUCCAGGACCUUAAUGUGCUUCUUCUUGAGCCACUCCUUUGUUGCCUUGGCCGUGUGUUUUGGGUCACUGUCAUGCUGGAAUACCCAUCCACGACCCAUUUUCAAUGCCCUGGCUGAGGGAAGGAGGUUCUCGCCCAAGAUUUGAGCCCCGUCCAUCGUCCCUUUGAUGCGGUGAAGUUGUCCUGUCCCCUUAGCAGAAAAACACCCCCAAAGCAUAAUGUUUCCACCUCCAUGUUUGACGGUGGGGAUGGUGUUCUUGGGGUCAUAGGCAGCAUUCCUCCUCCUCUAAACACGGCGAGUUGAGUUGAUGCCAAAGAGCUCGAUUUUGGUCUCAUCUGACCACAACACUUUCACCCAGUUCUCCUCUGAAUCAUUCAGAUGUUCAUUGGCAAACUUCAGACGGGCCUGUAUAUGUGCUUUCUUGAGCAGGGGGACCUUGCAGGGUGCUGCAGGAUUUCAGUCCUUCACGGCGUAUUGUGUUACCAAUUGUUUUCUUGGUGACUAUGGUCCCAGCUGCCUUGAGAUCAUUGACAAGAUCCUCCCGUGUAGUUCUGGGCUGAUUCCUCACCGUUCUCAUGAUCAUUGCAACUCCACGAGGUGAGAUCUUGCAUGGAGCCCCAGGCCGAGGGAGAUUGACAGUUAUUUUGUGUUUCUUCCAUUUGCGAAUAAUCGCACCAACUGUUGUCACCUUCUCACCAAGCUGUUUGGCGAUGGUCUUGUAGCCCAUUCCAGCCUUGUGUAGGUCUACAAUCUUGACCCUGACAUCCUUGGAGAGCUCUUUGGUCUUGGCCAUGGUGGAGAGUUUGGAAUCUGAUUGAUUGAUUGCUUCUGUGGACAGGUGUCUUUUAUACAGGUAACAAGCUGAGAUUAGGAGUAUUCCCUUUAAGAGUGUGCUCCUAAUCUCAGCUCGUUACCUGUAUAAAAGACACCUGGGAGCCAGAAAUCUUUCUGAUUGAGAGGGGGUCAAAUACUUAUUUCCCUCAUUAAAAUGCAAAUCAAGUUAUAACAUUUUUGACAUGUGUUUUUCUGGAUUUUGUUGCUGUUAUUCUCUCUCUCACUGUUCAAAUAAACCUACCAUUAAAAUUAUAGACUGAUCAUUUCUUUGUCAGUGGGCAAACGUACAAAAUCAGCAGGGGAUCAAAUACUUUUUUCCCUCACUGUAUGUGACAAAUAACAUUUGAUUUGAUUUGAUUUGUGUGUUGAACCCAAUCCCACAUAAACCCUACAAUACAACAUUGUGUGAGCACAAAGCUCGGAAAGAUCUGCUCCCUCUGCACCAAGGUACCAGUAGGGGAAUUAGCUUUCCACAAAACUUAUACACGGCUUCCUACUGUGCUGUAGCCUAUUUAAUCUAUUGGUCUAUUGUUACUGUAACAUGGUUUAUGUAAUGUAUACUGGUCAACCUCAGUCAAGAUAGACUUGCUUACAUUUCAUCAUUAGAAACUGUAUGGCGAUAUUUUCACACUACUUAUUGCUGGCCUUCAGUUACCUCACUCAGCAAGUAGGCUGCAGGCAUACGGCUGACCUCGGCUGUGUCCCAAAUGGCACCCUGUUCCCUACAUAGUGCACUACUUUGACCGGUGCCCAUAAUGCUAUGUAGGGAAUAAGGUGCCAUUUGGGACGCAUCCCCUAAUGUCUGUUUGGAGGAAAAGAAGCCAGUGGCUCAGCUAUCCAGCCUACUAAUCCAUUUCAAUCCCUCCAAAAACCAGACAGCAGACAAAACCCCAAGGACAAACAGAAUGAAGGACAGACAGACAAAAGUCCAAAGCAACCCAGGCACAUUUUGUUCUGGAUAUGACCAUUGACCAAAGGCAUUUUAUGAUACUGCAGUUUCUUUCUUUCAUCUCCUGACCCUUUUUGAAAGCGGCUUUUCCUUUGAGGCAUUUAAGGUUAUAUGCUCUGGAUGGCUACAUCAAUAGAAUCACACUUGUCUUUGAAUCUAAUGUAAGCUCAUUCAGGACCAAGUCAUCAUCACUAAGAGAAAAUAAUCUAAUUCAACCCCACCUCUCUUCUCUACAAUAUCCUCCCAUCUUCAAUCUCAUCAACAUCCUCCUCUCACUUAAUGUCUAGCAACCUUACGUCUUUGUACUGCUCUUGGCCUGUUCUUCCCUCAACCCUUACUUACAUUACUGUCUCAUCUCUCCUCUAUUCUCUUAUUCUUUCUUUCAGUCUCUCUCUCUCGUCCUCCUUAUCUCUCUCCUCUCAACUGGUUUUCCCUCUAGCAACCAGACAGCCCCUGGUUACCAGACAGCCCCUGGUUACCAGACAGUCCCUGGUUACCAGACAGUCCCUGGUUAAAAUAAGGGCAGUGGAGGGUGGAGGGAAAACAGAGAGGGAGGGAAAGAAAGGUAGCAGAAUUCCCCAAGCUAUAUUCCUCCCUCCACUCUGAGCAGUCAGCCAUCCCUCCCUCCUCCCCUUUUCUCUGCCUCUGUUUCUGGUACGGCUCCAUCCUUCUCUGGCUUAUCAAAGACGCAUAUCCAUCCAUCCCAUGAGUGCUAAGGCAUGCCAAGUUUUUAUCCACCCAUUUCUGUCUUUACACCCCCCCCCCCCCAUAACACACACACACACACACACACACUCUCACUCCUCUCUUGUUCUCACUCUCUCUAAGAAUUGCUCUGUCUUACACCUGUCUCCCUCCGUUUUCAGGGGUGUUUCAGCAAACCAAAGCUGUGCACUGA